UUUAAAUAAUUAUACCAUAAAUAAAAUGAAUAAUUCAGAUAAGAUAUCAUGGUAUCCAGGACACAUGAAAAGAGCAAUGGAAAAUUUAGAAAAGAGAAUAUCAGAUGUAUAAUUAUUUUUAGAAUUGAGAGAUGCUCGAGUGCCUUUUUCAUCAAAAAAUUAUCAUUUUGAUAAUUUAAUGUAGGCUCAUAAUAAAGAGAAGAUUAUAAUAUUUAAUAAAUUUGAUUUAUGCAAUUAAGAAACAACAAAUAAAAUAAUAGAAAAAUACAAAAAAGUGGGUAUUUAAUGUAUAGCAACAUCAGCAAGGGAAAGAUUAAAUUUAAAGGAAUUGAUAAUGAUGACAAAUGCAUAUAAAUCAGCAAAAUUUGCAACAGUAGGUAUGUGGUUAAUGAUUUGUGGAAUGCCUAAUGUUGGCAAAUCUACGAUAAUAAAUUAAUUAAGAUAAACAACACCAAAAUUAAAUAAAAGGAAAGCAAUAGCAAAAUCAACAGCAAGUCCUUGUACAACUAAAAAUGUAGCAGGGAUGAAAAUAUGUGAUGAACCUUUAGCUUAUUUAGUUGAUACCCCAGGAGUGAUGAUUCCAAAUAUUACAGAAGAAGAACAAGGAAUCAAAUUAGGAGUAAAACAUAACAAAUAAUCUUUGAAUAGUUGGUUGGAUGUAUAAAAGAUAAAAUAGUAACAAAAGAGAGAAUUUUAGACUAUUUAGUAAAAGAGAUGAAUUAAUAAUAGAUGGAAAAGUAUUAUAAAAUUUAUGGUUUAAAUGAAAGACCUAAAACAGGUGGUGAAUAUAUGUUGGCUGUAAGGGAGAGAUACAAUCAUUAUAAUUAUGAGACCACAAUAGAUUUUAUAUUAAAUGGAUUUAGAAUUGGAAAAUUAGGAAAUAUUACUUUGGAUAGUGUAGACUUAUUAAAUUGAG